ACUGAGAGCAGAAUCAGUAGCGGCUGGGUACUGGUUAAAUGUCAUUAUUAAAGGCUCAGCCUCAGGCAUGCAAACAUCUGGCAGGAGGCAGGGAGCCCAGUCAGAGCUGCACUGGGAGCCAAGGAUGGACUUUACUAAUGGGGCGGCACCCGUGACCCCUCCUCUCCAUGUAUAACUUCUAGCAACUGCCUAGUGACCAUGCACUCCAUUUGCAGCAAGGCAUCCCUGAUAAUGACGGCUCUUGGCUGGCUGGCACUGCCUCUUGCCCUGUCCCUGCUCUCCUGGCCAGCCUCGGUACUUACCUCUCCUCCCCCUGCGCUCAGCCACGAUUCUGCUCUCCAGCAGCAACUGGCACAGGAAGUGACCUGUUCUUCUGGAAAGCCGACAAGAUCCUCAGACAGCCUAUUCCUGGGGAGCGGAGAUGAGCAGCAUCUUCUGCACAUGGAAUUCCAGUUCUCUGAACUAACAAGUAACCAGUCUUCUUUUGAUUUUCGGACCUAUGACCCAGAUGGGAUUAUUUUCUACGGAGAUGUGGGGAAGGGUAAUUGGUUUGUGCUUGGACUCCGGGAGGGAAAGCUGGAAGUUCAAAUGAACAACGCCAAUGGGCAGAUGUUGCUAUCUAAGUGGGGACCACACAUCAGUGAUGGCACGUGGAGGAAGGUAACUGUGGACAGCGGUACCAAUACUAUUGAGGUGAGGGUGGAUGGAGAACUUGUGGUGAAGUUAAUCCAUCAUGUGAGCCCUCAGCCUAGUGCUCAGGUUCCUUCCCAGCUCAGCAUUGUCGUGGGAAACCUACCAGCAGGCAGUGACAAUCAGCUCAUUAAACCGAUACAACCUGCUUUGGAUGGGUGUAUGCGCAACUGGGCCUGGGUGAAGAAAGAUGCACGAGUUUUGGAGGAGGCUUUGAAUACAGACGAGAACCGACGCUGCUUUGAACAGGAAAGCCCAGGAUCUUUCUUUCCAUCCAAUGGUUAUGUUGUUUUCAAACCUGAAAUGCUUCAUACAAUAGACAUUGAAACUUGGGGACUGUCAGUUAAGCUGCUGUUCCGAGUGGUCGAGAAUGGCGGAAUUCUGCUCGUAUUACGUGAUGGUAGCAAGGUUUCUGCACUAACGGUGGCACUGGACUGCCAGAAGAAGGCUCUCACUAUGGCUCUUGGUGGCAAUCUGAUGCAUUCUGAGUCCCUGCCAGAACAUGUGUGUGCAGGACACUGGGAGUUCAGGGAGCUUCACAUUAAAACUAGCGAGAUAAAUGGAAAUCAAACAAAGUAUACUGUGUUAUGGGACGUCAAACCAGCAGACCUUAAAGCUCUAAAAGAUGUUUGGUUGGACCCAGCUGCUCAGCUUUUUGUUGGAGGCAUCCCAGACAAUUCCCCUGAUUAUGAGCCGUACUUCUCUGGAUGCCUGAAACUCACGGUGCAAGGGCGAGCUGUAAGCCUGGACUUGGCGCAGUACAAGCACCCUCAUGUCCGCACCCACAGCUGCCCCCAAGGGACAGAGAUAAAACCUUGCUCCUGGGUUGAACCCUAGUCACAGAGUCGCACCUCUGAAUAUUUGAGGACUACUUCAUACUAAUUCUACUGUAGAUUCUGCAAAAAGGCAAAAGGAAUGUAGCGCAAUGUAAAAUGUCUCGGAUACCAAGACUGCUCUUAAUCUGCUUUUAUAACCUGCAUUGUAUGAUAUACAGCUGAUGGUAUAUGGGCCAAACCCACCCUGGCACCUUACAUUGACGUGAAUGUAAAUCUCCCAAUAGCGCCUAUACUAUUCAUUUACUUUCCCCUAUUAAAUCAGUAGGACUGGGCAGGGGUCAAUGUUAUGCCCUUUUGAGCCCAAUGAUAAGCACCGUAUGUGCUAUCGGCCUGUGGUAGACUCAUACACUGCUCUUUUUAACCCCUGUAUUUAAACCCACAACCCAUUUUAGUUUAGAAAUGUAAUUUAUCCAUAAUCACUUAGUUAUGAAAUAUCCAUGUCUAAUAGCAGGGCCAAAAAUGGAACCCAGCUGAUGUGUGAUUAAUAUGUGAGUGGAAAUAAGUUAUCUUGGCCAAACACUGGGAAUGGGGGGCUCUAAAAAAAUUUUGAUGCAGUGUUAACAUUCCAUUAAGCAGCAAAGGUGUGGCGUGCCUUAAAAUUAACUUUUAGUAUGAUAUAUCCAUUCAUAAUCUAAAACUAUUUGCGACUAGGUUUUCAUUUUUCAUGUUUUAUGUUUUUGUAAUUAUUUAGUUUUGUUGUUCAGCAGCAUUACAGUGUGGAAUUUCUGGUAGCCAGGGCCCAGUUUACCCUAGCAACCAGGCAGUGGAUUGAAUGAGAGACUGUUAUAUAAAAGAUAAAUAAUAAAAAGUAACAAUAACAAUACAUAUGUGGCCUCAGAGAGAAAUGGUUUUUUGACUGUCUGGGUCAGUGGCCCUUGUUCCACAGCUGGAAAGAGGCAGAAGAGGACCAUUUAAAAAUGAUAGGAUAUUAUAUAACGUACUAAAAGAAAAAAUGUGAACAACCCCUACAUGGCAGGAUUAUUUGUCUGUUGGAACCUGGGGUCAGAGCCAGGAGUGGGUUCUAAACUGGUCCCUGGCAUUUCCAGUACACAGAGGCCCAAACAGCCCCCCAGCAGCCCAAUAAAUAGUGACAGUCUAUGGCAUCUUACAGCAGCCCCUCUGGCAUUUGCCAGAAUCCGCAGAUUGCCAGUCCAGGCCUGGUCAAAGCUGUAUGGACUCAGAGAUGAUAUCUUGCCAUGCUCCUUAUUUCCCAUUCAAAACCCUUUGCUUUUGCAUUGUUUCAUGUCUGCGCUUUGCACCCAGCGCCGGAUUUCACACUGUCACACCCAAGGGGCCCACUGGUUAGUGCCUGCUGGUGCUUAUAUGUAUCCUGUGUUCCUGAAUACUGGGGCCCAGCCAGUCAAAACCAGCUAUAGGGGGUGCAGGGAUUGUAAAAACUCUUGGGCGGUAGAACCUAAGGGGUCUCUAUCAUAUCAGAAGAAAAAAUAUCACUGUAAAGAAGAGGCAUGACUUUAGGAGGAUAUGGGUGUAGAAAUGGGGAGUGGGUGUGUUAAGAAAGUCACUUACCUCUACUGCCUACCCCUAGUUCUGGCCCAGCCCAGGCUUGUUGGAGUGUGCAGUUCUGCUACUUCUGGGUCAGAUGAUGAUCUCUAGAAAGGGCUUAUUAACUCCUGUUAACCGAGUGCAUAACUGGCUGCCGUCUAGUGGCUAAUAUCCUAAUGUCUUAAUCAAAACUAUAUAUUAUAUGUUUUUUUUCUUAUUCUUAUUACAUAUAGCAAAUAUAUUGAGGUACAUA